AUGGCCGACAAGGUGCAGCUGUCCCGCGCCGACAAGCCCGCGCGGAAGUUCUUCGAGAACCCCAUCACGUGGUGGAAGGGUGCUUCGUACGGGUGGAACACCGACGUCACCAUCUGGACCGGAACCGGCGAGGCGGAGGCGCUCUGCGAGCUCUUCUUCGACAACCUCGCGACGCUGCUCGGCGUGACCGGGUCGGCCGUGGGCCACAUCGGGUAUGGCAUCAUUGGCAACUCUGACCUGAACGGGGUUCCCGGGUACGGCCUGGCGGUCGCGCAGGCGUGGGAGAAGAUCUAUCCCGGAGGCGCGGCACGCCGUGCCGCCGACGCCCCACAGUUGAGCGGCAGGAGGGGCAGGCCGCUUGCGGCGCCGAGGCCGCCGCACCUGCGCCGCUGCUUUCGCGCCAGGGGCCCCGCCCAGCGCUCCAGCUGCAGCAGCGGCACCAUCAGCUGCUCCGUCCCGGACCGCAACGUCGCCGUCGCGGGCACUCGACGCGUCAGGAGGGGCCCCUGCGCCACGCCCCGCACGGCCGCGCGGCCUGCGGCGCCGCCCAGGGCGGUCCGCGGCAGCAGCCGAUGGGGGCGGCGCAGCCCUCGCGCCGAGCUCCGCAAUGGCCGCGCGGAGCAGGCCUUCGGCCGCGCGGAGCAGGCGGGUCCCGUCUCGGGACGCCGCCGCUCCUGCGAGGCCGCUGGCGGCGUGCGCCGCCAGGAGGGCGCCGCGGGCGGCCUCGAGGGCCCCGCGGCGCGCCGUAGCCGCGCUGCCCGCGUCCGCACGCGCAGCGGCUCCCGCAGCGGCCAUCCCGAGGGCCGGCGGGCGCGGGCCCAGUCGGUCCUGAGCGUCCAAGACAUCUGCCAGGGUUCAGCCUGGAGUCAAACUUGUGCAUGCUUGGGGUCUGGGUGCGUGCGGCUGCCGCCGCAGAUCCUGAUCCCCGAACGUGCCCGCAGGCUUCGGGAGGCCCAACGGGUGCCCAACGUGUGCCGCGACAGGAUUCGCAGACACACGCCCUUCCCUCGAGGGUCGAAGGCAAUAUUUGGCAGCCAGGCGCCUCGUCUCGCACGCUUCGUCGUCCCCAGCGGGCGGGGGCUCGCGGACUUCAACCGGGCCAUCCCGGGCUGUGCCUUUGCCCUGCUCUUCGGGAACCUCUUCUACGCGUACCAGUGCGGGCGCCUCGGCUCGAAGGAGGGGCGCAACGACGUCACCGCCCAGCCCUACGGCAUGAACACCACCGGCAUCUACAUCACACUCUACGCCAUCCAGCUUGAGGCCCUCUUCACGGGCGGGUUCAAGUACAUUGACCAAGCCGCAGGCGGGGACAACGACGAGGACGACGACGAUGAAGACGUUGGCUGGAGGCAUGUCGAGGUGUCUGCGGACGCCCCCAGAGGCGGGGACGUCGAGGGCGCCGCGCUCGCGGCCGCGGAGUACGCGUGGAAGGUCGGGGUCUCGGCGAACCUAAUCAUGGGCCUCUUCGAGAUGCUGGGUGGUGUCCUCGGCGAGGCGAUCCGGAAGGUGACUCCCACUGCAGCCUUCUACUCGCCGCUGCUGGGCGUCGGCUUCGUGUGGCUGGCUUUCUCCCCGAUGCUGAAGAUCGCUCAGGAGCCGAUGAUGUGUCUGAUUCCCAUCCUGAUUGUCAUGGUGGGCUUCUUCGGCGGUGUGAGAUUCACCAUUUACAAGAAGCUGUCAUUGCCCAUCGCGCUGACAGCCAUCCUCUACGCCACUGCCGCAGGCUGGGGGGGGGCUUGCAAGCGGAAGGCUGGCAGUGUAGGCGCUAUUAACUACGGCUACGACCUCCCGUUCGGCUCAGAGUCAAAUUACGAGUACGUGACCUGUCGGGGCACCUCCAUUACUAGUGCCGAGGGUGCCUACGAGCAGUUCGCAUGGAGUUCGGACAUCCUGAAGGACUCGAUUUUUGUGGGCCUUGGGGGGAUGGGCGACAUCGGCGACUACAUCUCGACCAUUUUCCUCGUGGCCGCGGUCGGGUUCACUGGCACGAUGGCGUGCGUCGAGAGUGCCUCGGCGGCGGGCGACGACUACCCCAUGACCGAGACCAUGCUCGCCGAUGGCAUGGGCACCGCGUUCGGCGCCCUCUUCGGAAGCAUCUACUCGACCACGGGCGCCAGAGCCGUGGAGCAAAAGGGGUGGGCGCACGCUCGAGCAGCCGUGCGGGCGGGCGCCCCAGCGGGCGAGGCCAGCGGGCGGGCGGACCCCCCAGCGGGCCGGGCGACGCGGCUCGGGGCGGGGCGGUCCCGGCGGGCGGGAGCGGGCCCCGCGGGCGGGGAGCGGUCCACGGGCGGAGCGGGCUCCGUGGGCGGAGCGGUGCCGGGCGUGCCGGGGGCGUGCGGCUUCGGGGCCCUCGCCGCGAGGUACAGCCUCUUCAACGGCCUGAUCUACUUCGCCCUCCUCCUCUCCGGGCUCUUCGCCUCGCUGUACAACGUGAUCCCGGAGUGCGCGAACGGGGCCAUCCUCCUCUUCGUCGGGCUGCUGCUCGGCCGGCAGGCGUUCGAGGAGUCGCCGUCGAAGCACUACCCCGCCCUGCUCCUGUCCAUCUUCCCCUACAUCUGCAACUGGGCCAAGCUGUCUAUGCCCGAUGAGGGCGUCCAAAUGAUGGGCCAGGCAGGGGGCACGCUUUUCAGCUUUGUCCUUGCGUGGAUGUUCUGCCUGUGCAUCGACCGCAAGUUUCUCGAUGCCACGGUCCUCUCGUUUCUCGCCAUUUGGCUCUCGCUGUUCGGCUUCUUCGCGAGCCACAACAUGGCGAACGACGAGGUACCGCCCACGGAGGGCAACGAGAAGAUCGGCUUCUACGGCAAGGAAGACCACGACUACAACAACGGGUGGCGUUGGGCCGUGAGCUGGUCCCUCGCCUGCGUAUUCUUUGCGCUCCACGCCCUUCUGCAGAAGUUUGACCUGGUCGAGAAGCCGGACGUGGCCGACGGGGAGAAGGAAGACGAGGCGCCGGCGAUCAACAAUGGAGAAGACAAAGUAGACUCGCUCUGA